AAACCAGCUUUGCUGAGCCCCUGGGGUGGCCAAGUGCGGGGGGGACGCCUCGGCCCCGAGCGCAGCCUGUCCCCGACUCUCCCGGGAGGGGCUCCGCCGCCGGGUGCAGGCGGGUUUGCGGGUCCCCUCGCCCGGGACCUGUGCGUCCCCCACCCCGGCUGCGGCUCCCCAGGGUGGCGCUCGGAGCCACCCGCGCCCUCCGCCGACUGUGACGCUUUAACUACUUUUAACUCCGUAUCUGUGCGUUUCUCAUCCAGGCUGAGCUAGGAUCCCGGGGCCCUCGGACUCCGAGCUGGGUGCCCUCGUUCUGCUUUGGGCCACGUCGUGUUUUCUCCUGUCGUCCCCAAACAGGAAGUUCUUCUCCCCAAAGACGACGUGGGCCCGGCCGGGGUGUUGACGCUCAGGGCUGGCGGAGGGCAGCAGGCCCCGGCUGAGCGGGGUCCCUCUCCGCGCCCCCCCCCCGCCCCGCACCCAGUAGGGGGCACUGGAGCGAGCGGGGGGCUGGGCUUCCCGCGCCCCUCCUCCCACCUCUUUCCAACUCGGGGUCGGGGGAGGCUCCCGAGACAGAUGUGACCCCGGCCUUACUGACUCUUGGCGGUCGGUUAUUCUUUUGCCUGGAAAAACUGUAGUUUUUCAUCAUAACUGUGAUUUCUGGACUUUUGAACUGAACGGAAGAGUUCUCAUUUUCAGCCGGGGGUGGAGUGUUGAUUUGCAACGUUAAUCGUACUAUACAUAACAAACGGGUUUUUACUAAAGGAUGCCAACGUGAUAACUGACAUUUAACUCAGUUUUAAAUCACCUUCGUCUCUGUGAUCUGGUUUGACUCCACUAAGCAUUGGGAGGUAGGAACCAGUCAUAGGGCGAUUUUACUAGUGUUAACUGGCCCUCAGGUUAAAUUCCUUCCCCAGGUUAGAAAGAACGUGGGAUCUGGUUCUCUGAUGAAAAAUGAAAUACCGCCACUGUUCCUAAUCUCAGGUGACCGUGAGUCUUUGCACACCUUCUACACGGUCUGAGAACAACGCUUGGAGGGUAGGUCGUAUGUGUAUCCACACUAUAAAGAUGACAAAAAUGAGGCAUGACCUGCUCAUGGGUAAUUUUGUUCCACGUUACCCUGGGCUUUUGAGGCAGAACCAGCGCCUCCAUGGCUGUGAUUCUUAAAUGUCACACCACAGUAGAGGUUGAAUCCUCAAUUUGAUGUGGAACAGAGGUAUUUGUUGUUCACCCGUAGAAAGGGAGUAACAGAGCGUGAGUUGCACUGUUCUGGACCCCGGGGAGGUAGCAGGGAGCCAAGUCCUUGCCCUCUGGUAUUUUGCGUUCUCUUGGGGAGAUGACAGUAAACUAACAAGAGGACCCAGAGCCCUGGGUAGCAGCAGGAGCUGUGGAGACAGGUGAGGUGGGGAGGCUAGGGCAGUCUCCUCUCAGGCUGGCCGUGGAGCCGAGAGCUGAAGGAAACAGGGCUGGUGCCAGCGGGAAGCUUCCCAGACGAGCUGAGUGGACCCCACAAGUUGAGUGGAAGCAGGGACUGCAACCUCGGGGGAACUGACCCCUGUCUGUGGUGGGGACUGUUGUGUGCAUCAUAGGAUGUGCUUUACUCACGGGAUGUUAGUAGAAAUCCCCCGGUCACAGGUGUCUCCAGACGUUGCCAAGUGUCUGCUGGGAGACACAGCUCCCCAGUUAGGAGCGGCUGGGGUGCAGCACGAGCGUAAGGACCAGAGGCCCGGACUCGUCAGGGGCUCAGCCACAGGCCACAAGCCAGGCCUCCUAGGACCUCGCGGGCUGCCGUGUGGGUUCCAGCUGAGGACGGACAUGAUCUGGCACAGCUUUGGGAAGGAUUGCUCUCGCAGGGUCCCAUUCUCUGCGCUACCUCUUCAUGGGUGCCUCGGUGCCGGACCUUGGGCUGCCCCUCUUUGAGGCCUUGGGCUACGUGGACGACCAGCUAUUUGUGUCCUACAGUCACGAGAGUCGCCGUGCAGAGCCCCGCGCCCAGUGGGUCCGAGGUGGGGCCGCCAGCCAGCUGUGGCUGCAGCUGAGUCAGAGCCUGAAAGGGUGGGAUCACAUGUUCAUCGUCGACUUCUGGACCAUCAUGGACAAUCACAACCAUAGCAAGGUAACGAAGCUCGGGGUGUUGUCAGAGUCCCACACCCUGCAAGUGAUCCUGGGUUGUGAGGUGCAAGAGGACAACAGCACCAGGGGGUUCUGGAAGUAUGGGUACGACGGGCAGAAUCAUCUGGAAUUCUGCCCCGAGACGCUGGACUGGAGAGCAGCAGAGCCCAAGGCCCAGGCCACCAAGCUGGAGUGGGAAGUGAACAAGAUUCGGGCCAAACAGAACAGGGCCUACCUCGAGAGGGACUGCCCCGAGCAGCUGCAGCGCUUGCUGGAGCUGGGGAGAGGGGCCCUGGACCGGCAAGUGCCUCCUUUGGUGAAGGUGACUCAUCACGUGGCCUCGGCGGUGAGCACCCUACGGUGUCAGGCUCUGAACUUCUACCCCCAGAACAUUACCAUGAAGUGGCUGAAGGACAGGCAGCCUCUGGAUGCCAAGGACGUUGAGCUGAAGGACGUUUUGCCCAACGGGGAUGGGACCUACCAGGGCUGGGUGGCGGUGGCCGUGCCCCCUGGGGAAGAGCGGAGAUACACCUGCCAGGUGGAGCACCCAGGCCUGGAUCAGCCCCUCACUGCCACCUGGGAAGCCCCGGUGCCUGGCACCCUGCUCACUGGAGUCAUCAGUGGGAUCGCUGUCUGCGUCAUCCUGUUUUUUAUUGGAAUUCUGUUCAGAAUCUUAAGGAAAAGGCAGGCUUCGAGAGGAGCCUUGGGGGACUACGUCUUGGCUGAAUGUAAGUGACAGACAGCCUGCAGACCCCUUGUGGGGAGGAGACGUGGAGACUCAAAAGACAGGGCGCCCCUGUGGCCUUCAUCGUGUUCCAGGGCAGAAUUGGACUGAACGAACAUGAACUGCCCCAGGAACUCUCUGCUUGUGGCCUGCCAUGUUCAUUUUUGAGAAGUUUCUCCCAUUUCGGUUUUUGAGUUCCUAUGUGCCAAUGAGCCACAGCGCCAGCCUCUGGGCAGAACCAGCUGCCUUGAAUCUCAAGCUGCCUCUAGAGACUGCCUUCAUUUCUGCAUCACUUCCAACUCCGUAUGCCCAUGUCAUCUCAUCUCCUACCUCUGGAAUAACGCUCCUGAAAUUUGGGAGACUCACGGUUCCUUUCAACAUCUGAGAAAAACAAUGAGCUUUCUCCUCGGGACAUAACACUCUCAUGCCCUUACCAGAAUUUUGCACACACAUCCAGGCAUUUCCUAGGCCCAUCCAAUUUCCUUUUGAUCCUCUCUCUCUCUGCUACCCAGUGAUUCACCUGUCACCAAGCCCUGUGGUCUCUUCCAUCAGAGGGUGAAGUGGGUCAUUGUACAGUGGUGAAGGCCGUGCACUGUACAACCCAUGGAGGUACCCUCAGAAGAGCCAUUGUGGAUGCCUGUGUUUAUUCAUGAUAGUUUUCCAGAAAGUGGGCCCGAAAUGUCUUGAGGAGGGGUAUGCUUUUCUAACUGGCAGCAAGGUGACACAUAGGUUUCCCCAGAGUCACGAUUUACACGAAUGCAUUCACAGUGCCUCUCUGGUGUGCCAGGCUUGACGUAACGCAGUCAUUUCCUACUUGGAUUCUGCUAAUGAAAUGAUAAUGAAAGUGAUCCUAAGGAUGAUGACGGUGAUGAUAAGGUGGCUGACGCUUAUAAAAAAAAAAAAAGCACUUGCUGCCAGACUGAGUUCUGAGCACCUGCUUACAUUAUGAUUCUUACCAUAAUUCUCUGAUAUAAGUACUAUUAUCCUCAUGGGUUUUUUAGGUGAACAAAAUGAAGUAGAGAGUAUCUCACAGCCUUCCAGGGCUAGAGACAGGUUUCAGCUCAGUCAGUCUGACUCUGAUCCAUCUCACACACCGCGGCAUUAGAUGCUUUAGAUGUGUCAGGAAAUGGGGGGAUGAGGGAGGUGGGCACGGCUCUUCUGUGGCCCCAGUGUCUUCAUUCUCAGCGAGCUUGACCAAAACGAAGGGAAAACAGCAGAAAAUAACCUCAGCCAUUUCCUUUCGAAGUUUCUGUGGACAGAAAUCCAGCGUGUGGCCGGCUUACUCUGUUGCCACCCCCGGUCCGCUCUGUCUGGCGCAUCUCUCGGGCCCCCAGGUCCGGACAGGGAUCGGCGGUGUCCCUCAGUGGAUGUGUUGGACCCCACAGUGUUUUCGCUCCACCCGCACCUCCAGAGUCAGAACCCUGGUGGCAUUUCCUUCCGGGAACGGGAGCGACCGUCUGUCCUAUUAAAGACGGUAAAACGGAUGCCACCGAGAGGCCUAGGGGUACCCUGGCGCAUUCCCGGGGCUCCUGGGAGUCUGGUUCUCUUCCCCAACUGUGCACAUUAAGAAAAGAAACUCAUCUCACCAGACUGCUCAGGAAUUACUGCAUUCUGGGAAAGUAAUUAAUCUGACCAUGUUCAAAAGAAUACUAACACACACCCAGAUGGCCGGUGUUUCCUUUUGUUGCUAUGUACAUUUGGCUGCAUAACUGACAACAAGGCAUUCUGUCUCCCAGGGCAGGUGCCUCAGAAGACCAAAUAAAGCUCAACGGUUUGUUUGGUAGUUAUUUAAUUUGGGCAAAGAGAUCUCGACAAUUUUUUUUAAACUUUUCUUUUUUUUUCUGGUUACGAAAGUUAGGUGGAUAAAAGUACAUGUAAUUUGUGCUUAUUGUCAAAAAGUUGAAAAUGAGUUAAAUUGAAACUAUCAUUCCAUUAGCUAGUGAUAAACCCUAUGAAUGAUCUGUGUAUUUCCUCUCAGUAUUGCUAUAUUAAAAUAUAUAAAAUCAACAAAUAAACUUUAAUAAGCA